CGAGACCGAUACAAGUGUUGAAGUGUCGGUGUCACGAGCUGCUGAGGGAUCAUGGCGGAGCGCAGGAGGCACAAGAAGCGGAUUCAGGAGGUGAGCGAGCCCACUAAAGAGGAGAAGGCGGUGGCCAAGUACCUCCGUUUCAACUGCCCCACCAAGUCCACGAACAUGAUGGGCCAUCGAGUCGACUACUUUAUUGCUUCCAAGGCGGUGGACUGUCUACUGGACUCCAAGUGGGCCAAAGCUAAGAAGGGAGAAGAGGCUGUCUUCACCACCAGGGAGUCUGUGGUCGAUUACUGUAACAGACUCCUGAAGAAGCAGUUCUUCCAUCGCGCUCUCAAAGUGAUGAAGAAAAAACCUGAGAAAGACACCAAGAAGGAGAAGGAGAAAGUCAAGUGUGACAGCACUAAGGAGGAGGAGAAAAAAGGGAAGAAGGAGAAGAAGAAGGAGCCUGAGGCCAGUGAAGCCAAGAAAGAGAAGAGUGAUGAUAGCCCUGGAACACCCAAGAAGAAAAAAGAGGUGAAGAAGAAGUUUAAAUUGGAGCCCCACGAGGACCAGCUGUUCCUUGACGGGAAUGAGGUGUAUGUGUGGAUUUACGAUCCUGUACAUUUCAAAACAUUUGCAAUGGGCCUGAUACUUGUCAUUGCGGUGAUCGCAGCCACCCUGUUCCCACUGUGGCCUGCAGAGAUGCGUGUGGGCGUGUACUAUCUUAGUGUUGCCGCCGGGUGCUUCGUGGCCAGCAUUUUACUUCUUGCUGUUGCUCGCUGCAUCCUCUUCCUGCUCAUCUGGCUGGUGACAGGCGGACGCCACCACUUCUGGUUCCUGCCCAACCUGACGGCAGACGUCGGCUUCAUCGACUCCUUCAGACCGCUCUACACGCACGAGUACAAGGGUCCACGCUCAACUUCCAAAAAGGCCUCAGACAAGGCAGAUGACAAGGACAACAGCGCCUCCACCAAAGCCCAGAAGUCCGACAGUGACGAGAGGUCGGACAGCGAGAAGAAAGAUGGAGAUGAGGAGGAGGAGGAGGAGGAAGAGGAAGAGAUUAAAGAUGUGGGGCCAGAGGAGAAUAAAAACAACGGAGGAGCAGAGCGUCAGUCAGACACAGACAGCGACCGCAGGGAGGACGACGGCUCGCAGCACAGCAACGGAAACGACUUUGAGAUGAUUACCAGAGAAGAGCUGGAGCAACACACAGAAGAGGAUGAGGAGGAGGAAGAGGAAGAUGAGACAACACAAGAGAGGAAAGCAGAAGGUGGGAAUGAGGCAAGGCCCCAGACUGCUGAAACAUAAACUCUAGAUUUUUUUUUUUUUUUUUUUGUCUUUUGUGUCCUUCCCUCCCGCCCUACUGUGAUCCAGGACCUGCCUCUCCACUCCAACCUGGGCCAUGGAGAGGGUCCAGUUCUUUUUUUGUUAAGAUCUUCCAUUAAGCAGUACCGACAGACACACCUGUGAAAAAGUAAACUGCUAAGACAAAGGACAACAAACCACCUCCUGGUGGAUGUGAUUCCUCCCUUCAAAUGUCAUUUAUGUUCAAAUUGCUGCCCCACGUUUGCCUGAGGAAAUUAUCAGAAAAAACAGGUUUGGUUCCCACCUGUCAGACCAACAAAAGCCACAGUGGAGAGUUUGUUUAAAUUGUCACCAGAGUUGCUUUUAUAUGCAAUUUCACCUUGAAAUGACAUGAUGUUCCCAUUUCUUUGUUUCCUUUAGAUGAAGUUUGGUUCUCAUCAUGUAUGUGUUUACAUGAAAAGUCAUGAAAGUUGGUAGAGGGUUGAAGAACCCUUUAAACCUUGUCUAUCCAGAUCCCAGGGCUGAUCGGGUCAUGGAAAAUUAUUUUCAGAUAUGGCUGUCACUUAAUUUUGAUUUUCUACAAUAUUAAUGCGCCAAUAUUCAUGGGAAAAAUCAUGCAUAUGAUUUUAUAUCUUUAGAUGUACUUUGGUCUACAUCCAAAUAAGGAUCCGGGUCUGGUGGCCACAAAUGUAUUGUCCAGUAGAGCGGGUAAACAAUUGGAUUUGUUUUUCUUUCUUUUCUAUCAGCUCUGAAACAAUUUAACUCUCACAGCACACUGAAUGCCAGUACCUCUGAUGGCUUUCUUGGGCAGCACAUGGACACCAGAACUAAAUCCAGAUGGACCAAAUCCUGUAGUUUCUUCAAAGAAGCUGAAAUUGCAGACAGGGGGUACUUGGCUUUUUGCGAUACUAUGAUUCUGAAGUACUUGUAGUUAACUUGGGACCCAUUGAGUGUCAAUCUGAGCAUCUGGGACACAGCUGGCAUACUUAAUUUUCAUUGUUCCAGAAUAACACAGCAUUGUUGUGCAACUGAAGCUUGAAAAGCUCUUUUUGAAGUAUCUGAAGAAACAACCAGGUGAUGCAAACUCUAGUGCCAAACAGUUAAUGCAUGCUGAAGUAAUGUGGAGGUCAGAGCUGUGGUACAUCUCUUCAUUCUUUUUCUAUCUGUGUCUAGUGUCAAAUUCCAAGUAUUCUUUAAAAAAAAAAAAAACGAAAAGCACAUCAGAUUAUUGUCAAGCUAAACAAAGAGAUUUGAAACCCUUUAAAGGUGUCGAGUCGACUGAGAUUUGCAAAAAAAAACCCAAAAAAAAACAAUGUCCUGGACAACAGCCGAGUGUCUUGAAUGUAACUGACCAGCUUCACUGGAGUCCACUUGACCUCGACAGAGUUACGUUCUCAGUCGAAGCCCAGCCACUGCCCUGCGGACAGGUAGCGCCCUCUGCAGGGCCCCCGAGGCUGCAUUAUUUUCCAGUUCGACGUGUUUUAGGACCUAAGCUAAAUUUAGGUGCUCCUUUUAGACAAAGCAAGGAUUAUAUUUAAAUAUAAAAACAAAUGUAUCAUUUAUAUAUGGAUUCUAUUGUUAAAUCAAAACUAUAUGCAUACUUAACAGUCCAAGAAAUUAUUAAAAGAAAAAAGAUUAAUUACUUAAUUUUGCUUUAUACACAUACACACACACAUAUAUAUAUAUAUAUAUAUAUAUAUAUACUUCUUAUUCCCCAGAAUGGUUAAUUUUAGGUUUUACGUAUAUGAUUAGUUAGAAUGAGCGACGGAUACUUUUUGUUUUUCGUGUAGUGAUGAGUGUGUCAAUUGGUUUGUUGUGUGUUUAUCUGAAAGCUGUCAUUACGCCAACGUAACAGGAGACACCUGCUGCUCCCCCUGUUAUUCUGACAUGACACCUUUCGCAAACUCCGGUUUGCUCAAAAACAAAGAGCACCUAGCUACUUGCGUGUGGGUCAUAGUUUAUCGCUAGCUGUUAUUUCCUGUAAUUCCACUGCAAUCUGCAGCUCUUUGUCCAGUUUACACACCAUUGCUUUGGUUUUUUUAAUUCAAAGUGUCUCUCAGUUGGCACAAGCUGUCACUCGCCGUGCUCCUCAUGUUGGCGUGACUCGUUCAAAGAAAAAAUCUUGUUACGCAAUAUCGACCUGUUGUAUAGUGUAGUAUUAAUCUUAUGCUGCUGCUUCAUGUCGCACAUUUCUGGGGGAAAAAGUGAAAUUGUAAACCUUUG